GUGCGUUCGACGCUUUGAUUGGUAUCGACAUUUUCGACGGUUCGACGUCGGGCGAUGGCUGACGACUUCGAGUCCGAAGACAAGAUUGAGCAGCUGAACAACUUGCCAAUAUGGAUGAAGAUCAGCGAGGGCGACAUUCAUUUGGUGACGAUGAAAGAUGUUCAGCAGCUCUUCAACGUCAUGGACGAUGGCAGAAAAGGCUACAUCUCCGGGGCGGACCUGAUGACGCUGCAGGCAGUGGACGCGGCCAACUUGACAGAGAAUGACCUGCAGGAACUCGUGAAGGACGUGGACAAAGACGGCAACGCCAAGUGCUCCGCGGAGGAGCUCUAUCAUGCCAUCACUUCAGGCACUAUCGCCUUCAACAUGGUGAAGGAGAGCUUGAGAAAAAAGGAGGUGGAGAUCAGGUCCUACAAUUGCGAAAGGGAAAAGCUCUUGGAAUGGAUGACCAUGGAGUAUGAGACCACUGCAGCUCUUUGGUCCUUGCCGAUGACCAUUGGCUCCUUCAUUACUUUCGCACUGGUGGCAAACACUCACAUUGACCUCUUCAAUGCUUGGAGAGUACACAAUGCCUUGGAGGAGCAAUUUCCUGUGCUACAACUCCCAUACAAGUUCAAAGUCGUCGAUGUUCCCACUCUGAUUACAUGGACGCGGGAACACUACUUGCCGAUCAUCUUUCGUCAAGAUCCCAUUUACGAUCCACUGCCGGGGCGUGUGGCGCACCAGAAUCAAAUGAUCACUGGCGUGCGGUUUGCAAAGUUCUACCGCAACCCCGUGGACUGCCCGCUCACCAGCAGCGUGCUCCGAGAUGUUUACAAUUCUAGAUCUGGCACAUGUUUCCUGGGAGAAAUGAAUUCAAGCUACGUUCCGUUCCCGUAUCAGAUGUCCAGAGAGUUUCUGUUGGAGCAGUUCUCCCAGAUGGUCGAAGAACCGUGGUUCAACGAGGCUGCGCAGAGGAUCGAGUAUCAGAUGCUCACGUACAAUGCCAUGUUGAACCUCUACACCUUGGCAAAGCUAGAGUUCACCUUUGAGCUCGAUGGGCGGAUGAUUCAGAGGUUUCAGCACGAGUCCUUCCAAGCAGAACCAUAUCUCUCGGUGACGAGCUUGAUACCAGACAUCAUGUUUUUGCUCGUGAGCUUGAGAAGUGUCUAUGUGAACCUCAAGGAGGUGAUUCCUGCAGUCAUGCAGGGUUUGGAUGGCCUUAUCAACUACCUCAGCUUUUGGAAGGUGGUCGAAUGGAUCUCAUUGCUUUUCGGAGUGGGAUGCUUUGUGAUGUGGAUGACGGUGUACUCGCAAAUCACAGCAGAGCUUCCUUUGGAAAUCUCCAAGCUACCCAAGAGAGCAUUCGAUGAAGCUGUUCGCGCCAAGGGCGAAUAUCUCGAUCUCAGCGAAAUCUCGGAGAUAAUGAGCAUUAGAGAGAUUACGGAAGUCUUGGACGACAUCAUGACAGUUGGGAACAGCAUCCGGGACAAUCACGAGAUUAUGAGAAACAUGUUUGCUCUGAACUUUGUAGCUUUGAUUCUGCGCUUCUUCAAGUCCUUCACAACCAACCCGCGCUUGGACGUUGUGAUUCAGACGAUCGUCGACUGUACUCCCAACGUGGCCCACUUCUUCAUUGUGUACUUUUCACUUUUUGUAUCCUUUGCCUUCGCUGGUCAUUUCCUCUUUGGCAGUUUCGUCGAAGGCUACUCCUCAGUCAUUGCCUCACUCUUCACCCGGUACCGCAGUGCGAUGACCUUUGAGAUUUUGAAUGAAAUGCCUGUGGGGCAUCAGAUACUGGCCUACACCUGGGUUUGGGCUUAUGAGUUGCUGAUGCCCUCAUUGAUUUUGAGUAUGCUGAUUGGAAUUGUGUUUGGCUCCUACUACGCAAUCCAAUCCAGAGCAGGCGACCCAGUGACACUUUGGACACAAGUUCGCAAAGCCGUGCAGACAGCGGCAGAGACCAGGAACUUCAUGAGCUUGUGGAGUUUGAUUGUUGCCUUGGAGGAUGAUGACUAUCCUGCGCACCCGCAGAAGAUAGUCACCGCCAAGUCACUGAAGAAGGCCUUUGAAAAGGAGCGGAUGACACGACAGAAUGCCGAAUACUUGGUGCGAAAGACCGUGGAGUACAUCAAGGUGAACCUCGAUCAGCCCGUCCUGGAUUUGCCGGAUGCGGUCAAGAUGAUCGGAAACAGUUUCAACAUCAUGCAGAAGAACGAAGAGAUCCUGGAACAGUCUGUCAUUACCCCGCAGCAAGCCGAUAAGAAUCCUGUUGGAAUUCUUCAUACCCCAGUCGAGGCCGAAACGUCCGACAACCCCCUGGAUGUGCUGGAGAAAGGCAUCUCCAAUCUCACGGACUUGCUAUCUGAGCUGCAGCAAUCUCACGCAUCUGUGCUUGAGACCAUGAAGACCAAGUUGGUUCAAGAACGGAUGGUCACCUUGCAGCGUCAGCACAGGUUAAGGGGACUCCUGGAUGAGUUCAAGAGUCGAGUGGUGCGUGCACAACGUGGCAUUGGCCGGCUCAAGAGCUUUGUAGAUACGGCAGACUUCGGCAGCAUUGCGCACGUUCCAGAGCAACUAGAAAAUGAUUUGAUGAGAUGCUUUGGCUCCCGGCCAGCACUUGCAAGGGAAGGCUUGCAGCCCAGCCAGGUGAAUCAUUUGGAACGCCAGUGUCAAGAGCUUCUGGGCCAGCUCAAUGAAUUGGCGGGGGAAUUCAAAAGCCUGGUGGAUGGCCAACCAACAAUCUGGGAGCUUUGGUCCAAAUGUCGCUCGAGAAGCGGGGGCAGAUGACCGCAGUGGCCUUUGAAGCUGUGUGCUACGAAGGUCCGUGAGCACGUGUGAGGGCAGAAACACUGUGCCAGUCCGAAAGCUGGGUUCCGACAAAUGUCGAACUCCACGGCGCUUUCGGCACCGUCUGCCGAGAAAAGGCGCGCGUAUGCGCGCGUGUAUUCGGCGCAGCUAAUGACGUGCUUUGUGGAUUUUUUGGCGCUUUCCAAAAACAAGGUCGAGGUGUGGUGAGUGACCUGCGGCAAUUUGCACAGUGCAUAUGCUUGGAAGCCUUGCGAGCUCGACAUGUUGUCGUUAAAUCGCAGC